UAGAAAACCAGAGCUCUAUGGUAUAGGGUCUCUAUCCAUGCCGGCAAAAACCCUGAUUAUUAUAUAGUUUAAAACUCAACAACAUGGCCAACGAAGACCUGAGUACUAAUCGUGUGGACAUUUUACCUGCCCAACGCCGUGUAUUCUUCCUCUUCACGGCCGUGCUAUUGGUCGGUACUGUGGCCGUCUUGGCGUUGGUGUUCUCCGCGGUCGCCCUGUCUCGCCAGGAGGUGACUCAAACGAUUCAGUUAAUGAACGGUAAUAUCCACAGCUCUACGGAAGGUGCGAAUCAUGACAGACAGUGUUUUGCAGGUAACAAUGAUGACAAAAUAUGGGUGUUUGCAAUUGGGCAUGACAACAGAUUCAAUCUGGAAUACAUAGAUGAACUGUCUGGAACUGUGAGGGGUUUCCAUGUUGACUUGGUUGAAGCUGUUUGCAAUGUGGCAAACAAGAAUUGCCGACUGAUGUGGGAUGUUUACGAGAACUGUUACAACUCGCAGGCUGGUAAGCGACCACGCCCAGGCGUGGGGCUUGUCAGUCGCUGGUACGACGGUUGCACUGGUAAGCUUAAUUUAAAAUUAUUCUGAAAAGGAAGCAGUCAGUCCAUAAUGUC